AUGGCGUGCAAUGCUUUAACAAUGAUGAAUUCGGUUCAGGCAGUUUGGAGCGUUGAGCAGUUGGAUAUGUUAGCUUGUACUCUCUUAUUGUUGAAGGGUGAUGCAAUGUGGCAGUCUUUUGAUCCUUCAUCUUUGGGUGCUUCCAAGAUUCCAUCUAUAAAAAUACCUGGAAAAUCCGGCAAUGGUACAUGGGAGGCUUUGUCUGGAUCUAGUUCCUACCAUGCUUCAUCUGAUGCUAGCCUCUUUUCAAGCUCAUUACCUGUGCUUCCACAUGAAAAAUUAAACUUGAAUGAAACUGAAAAUGGUUAUCAAUCUGUUGAUGAUAUCUCGUCUGGAUUUAAGAAGCUCCAUCAAGAUGCUGAGGGAAAUGGUUCACUUGAAGAUGGUGAUGCUCCUGCUAUUGGACCUGUGCUUCCUGAUGAUGAGGAUGAGCUUUUAGCUGGCAUAAUGGAUGAUUUUGACCUAAGUGGUUUGCCCGGAUCCCUUGAGGACUUGGAAGAGUAUGAUCUGUUUGGUAGUGGUGGAGGUAUGGAACUAGAAACUGAUCCGCAGGAUAGUCUCACUGUGGGUAUGUCUAAGUUAAGCUUUGCUGAUAGUACUGUUGGCAAUGGUUUGCCACAUUAUUCCUUUCCUAAUGGGGUGGGAACUGUUGCUGGAGAACAUCCAUAUGGAGAGCAUCCUUCUCGAACGUUAUUUGUUCGAAAUAUUAACAGUAAUGUGGAGGACUCAGAGCUGAGAGCCCUUUUUGAGCUAUAUGGUGAUAUAAGAACCCUAUAUACGGCAUGCAAACAUCGGGGAUUUGUAAUGAUAUCCUAUUACGACAUCCGUGCUGCUCGAACAGCUAUGAGAGCAUUACAAAAUAAACCACUGCGGCGCAGGAAACUAGAUAUUCACUUCUCAAUACCAAAGGAUAAUCCAUCAGACAAGGAUAUAAACCAAGGAACAUUGGUAGUUUUCAAUCUGGAUCCAUCUGUUUCAAAUGAAGACCUCCGCCAAAUAUUUGGGGCUUAUGGAGAGGUCAAAGAGAUAAGGGAAACUCCUCACAAGAGGCAUCACAAGUUUAUUGAAUUUUAUGACGUCAGAGCUGCAGAAGCAGCUCUUAAGUCAUUGAACAGGAGUGACAUAGCUGGUAAACGAAUAAAGCUAGAACCUAGUCGGCCUGGAGGAGCUCGUAGAAAUUUGAUGCUCCAAUUGAAUCAAGAGCUUGACCAAGAUGAAUCUCGGCCUUUCCGAUAUCAAGUGGGUUCACCUGUAGCUAACUCUCCUCCAGGGAACUGGUUACAGUUUAACAGCCCUGUUGAGCAGAAUUCUAUGCAAAGUAUCAAUCAUUCUCCUGUUUCCAGGAUCCUCAGCCCAACAACAAGCAAUCAUUUACCUGGUCUAGCUUCAAUUUUGCAACCACAAGCGUCUAACACGGUGAAGGCUGCUGCUAUUGGCAAUGACCUCGGAAGGAGCAGUCAAGGAGAGCACAUAUUUACUGGUUUGAAUUCAUCACACGGAUCUAGUUUUCAAUCACAUUCACUUCCAGAGCCAAAAUUCAGCCAGUAUCGUGGAGCAUUGUCCUCAUUUGGUCCAUCAACAUCAAAUGGAUCCUCAGUAGAAACUUUAUCUGGGCCACAGUUUCUAUGGGGAAGCCCAACCCUCUACUCGGAGCAUACAAAACCUUCAGCUUGGCCAAGAUCAUCUGUGGGGCAUCCAUUUACAUCCAAUGGGAAGAGCCAUGCCUUCCCAUACUCAAGUCAGAAUAGCUCUUUUGUUGGUUCAUCCCAGCAUCAUCACAAUCAUCACGUUGGCUCUGCACCAUCAGGUUUGCCUUUUGAGAGGCACUUUGGUUUCCAUCCUGAGUCAUCUGAAACUUCAUUCAUGAAUAAUGUUGGUUAUGGAGGCAUGAAUCUAGGGCACAAUGAUGGAAAUUACAUGGUUAAUGUGGGGGGAUCUGUUAAUGCUAACAUUACUAUCCCAAGAAAUAUAUCUGAUAAUGGUUCAUCAAACUUCAGAAUGAGAUCUUCUCCUAGGCUUAGCCCCGUCUUCUUGGGAAAUGGUCCUUAUCCAGGACUUCCACCUACCACUUUGGAGGGUUUGGCUGAUCGUGCUCGGAGUAGAUGGAUAGAGAACAAUGUGAGCCAGGCUGACAGCAAGAAGCAAUUUCAGCUUGAGUUGGAUAAGAUUAAAAGUGGUGAAGAUAUAAGGACUACAUUAAUGAUAAAGAAUAUCCCAAACAAAUACACCUCAAAAAUGUUAUUAGCUGCCAUUGAUGAAAAUCACAGGGGUACUUAUGAUUUUCUCUAUCUGCCAAUUGACUUUAAGAAUAAAUGCAAUGUGGGUUAUGCAUUUAUCAACAUGCUGUCACCCUCUCUUAUCAUUCCAUUCUACGAGACAUUCAACGGGAAGAAAUGGGAGAAAUUUAACAGUGAAAAAGUUGCUUCUUUGGCAUAUGCUCGAAUUCAAGGAAAAUCUGCCCUUGUGAGCCAUUUUCAAAAUUCAAGUUUGAUGAAUGAAGAUAAGCGAUGCCGCCCUAUUCUUUUCCACUCAGAGGGUUCUGAAAUUGGUGAUCUGAUUGUACAAGAACAUCUUCCCUCCAACCCCAACAAUCUAAACACUCAAGCACCAAGGUCAAGUGAGUUACAUUCAUGUGAUUCUGCUGGGAGCCCUCCAAACGCAGGCCCUUCUGCAAGCUUGGAUGCAAAUUAA